CUUCCUUAAACUCCUGCAUCAUUUCGACGUGUUUUGAGUAGAAUAGAAUAGAAUUAUUGUUCAUUCGACGAUGUAACAAAAGACAAUAAGACAUAUUUGCUGGGUUCGUGUACUACUUUCAGUAGCAGGAUACUGCGGGAAUAAACCACAAGAAAGUCAGAAGUUGAUUCGUGGGAAUCACCGGAUUCUAUUUUCAGAGUGUUGUUUCACAGUUAAGAGUAAGUCUAUAAUGACGUGGCGACUCCAAGCAAAUUCCAGUAUUUUGUUCGCUUUGGAGUGGUGUCGUCUGUGAGCCUUUCGGUUAUGCGACUGUUAGUGCUGUUUUUUUGGUGCAGCUUCCCCUUUCUGCAAGAAAACAAUGGGUGGUUUAUAUCUCUGACAAACUCAUUGUAACUAUCACAAAAUGGCACUGCAUUGAUGUUGAUUUGAUACAGGUGGGACAUAAAACAUCCAUACCACAAUUCUUCUCAUGCAAAUCGUGGUGACGUUCAUCAUAAAUUGUGAUCACUAAACCGGGUCUUGGUUGGGAUGGUUCUAUUAGUCAGGAAGCAAUCUUUCUCCAGACUGGGUGACAAAAUGAUUUCUUCAGAGUUGUCAAAGAACGAUUCAUUUUAUCAGCGUGUGUGUCACACAACUGAUACUUUCACUUGUUGCAUAAGGGUUUAUGAAGCUUUACUGCCAUAUUUUGAGGCUGGACCCCCAGGUGACAGUAUCAGUAAAAGAUUAUUCAAUAUUGGUGGCAUGCUGACUAUUCUCCACAGUGAACUUACUAUUCUGAAAAAUGAGAUUACAACUGCUACUGCUGCUGUUGAUGGUGGUGGUGAUGACAAAGCGUCAAAUCCAAAUGUCGAGAGCAAAGCUGUCGCACAAGGCGUAAGUGAGCAUAACCAGCAAGAAAAUAUCAUUUGUGAAGCAAGUACCAUAGAACAAAAGAUGUCUAAUGAGGAGAAAGUGCUUAACAAAUCACCAGAAAGGAAUUGGGAAGAUGUUACACACAUCCCAGGAGAAGAGUACGAGAAAGAAAAAGUCAAUCAUGAAGACAACAAGAUAGACAAAACAAUAUCACAUGAUGAAAAAGUACAUAUAAAACCAACUGAGAACCUUAAAACACGAGAAAGUGAUUUUAGAUAUAUAUGUGGAAACUGUAAUGAGGCUAUAACUGUGUACAACCAGGACCUACAUUUAUCUGUUGCAUUACAUAACCAGGAUGGAUGUUGCAGAGGGAAGCCAAGCAAACUGAUUACUGCGCAAAAAGAAAAACAGGAGAAAAAGGGACAGGUACAGAAUUUGACUAAAUCUCAGGAAGGUUCUAACAGAGUUAAUUUGACUCCUCCUCAGCUUGGUGAACAGUACAAAACUCGAGAAUUCAGUUGUAUACAGCCAUUAGAAAAAGGCUUCAUAUGUACGGUAUGUCAUAAAAAGUUGCCUAGUCCCAAAAAUUUUGCUGAACAUGUGAGAGGAAGUUAUCAUAAGAACUUUUUAAGUGUACCUGGUAAGGAAGUACAGAAAAAUACUGGUCAUAUGCCAAGUGUUGCUAGUGCAUUGACCCAAUUAUUUAAGACUUUUGAGAAUCAGUCUCCCACUUCUGCCAAGCAAAAAGAAAGUAUCCCUUCAGUAGAUGUCCAGCUUUCAAAAAUCAUUAAACAUCUUUCAGGCUCACUGUAUAGUCAAAUGCAGUAUUUAUCAGUGGGCAAAGGUGCUAUCGUAUGUAACUUGUGUGUUUGUCCAGUUCCGCCAACUGUCAAAAAUGUGAGGGAUCAUGUAUUAGGUAGCAGACAUUCAAAGAAUGAAACUGCGUUUCAGGCACAAACUAAAGACUGCAUAUCAAAUAACAACUAAGUUACUGAUAAUGUGUUGAUGUUUCUGAUUUAUGCCAAACUUUUAUUUACUAUUGUAAAAUACCAUUCUUAGGAAAAAUUCAAAAUAAUAAUGUAGCACAUUAGAUCCUGACUAAUUAUGAUUUUUAUCAAGUAUUGAUGUAAAUAAAAAAAUGAGUGGUUUCAUUUGUUGUAGUUGUAUUACAGUUACUGCAUAAAAUGGAAGAUUAGGCACGAACUUGACUUUACAUUUAAAUGUUUGUACCUUGUAUGCAGGAAAGCAAGAAAAAACCCAAGUUAGUGGUCAAAAUAAAUUGAUUUUCCAUGUCUUCUCUUGUGACUACUGUCACCUUCCUCAUAACAUGGCAAUGAUAAGCUCCUUUAGUUUUCUAUUAUGGACAGUAUUGCUUUAAUGUCAUAACAUAUUUCCAUUUGUAUCAAUCCUGUCACUUACAAGUAAGUCAAUGGGUUGUGGGAAAAUGCAAUUACCAAUUGUGAGGUAAUGAUGUUUGGUUAGAAAUGUCAUUAAAGUCUCAUAUGACUUGAGGCAUUAUGUGUAUGUGGUGAAAGACUAUCCAUAUCAACAUUUUAGACUCAUGAAACAUGAAUAUGUUGAACCUGCUCAUAAAUAGUAGAUGUGUCAAUCUGCUUUAGAUGUUUCAGAACAAAAUCAAAUGUUUAGGAUGCUGAUUUGAUAAACAGAUCCAUACAUAGUAAUGAUGCAAAACAUGCAAGGUAUUAGGGAAAAAGGGGGGGGGGGAGAUACUCAGAUCCUUGUGGAGUAUUGAUGUAGUUGCAUCAGGAGAAUUGUCAAAUAAAAUUUAUGGCCCAUGUUAUUCACAGUGAUUUUAAACAGUAUUAAUAUAAACACAGUUUUAUUUUGUCACUGUUACUACCUCCCAAUAAAUAAAAAAAAUCCUUUGAAUACAUGUACAAUAAGGAUUCUCAUUGGCAAUCAAGAAAUUGGCGUAUUGUUUUUGUUGCACCAUCUGCAUAAUUAUUCUGGAGGUUUUCACAAUGAAAGAAAAUCUGGAGAAACUGUAGUAGUGAAGCUUUCAUUUUAUUUCAUUUGCUCAUUUAGCUUUGUACUCAAUAGAACUGCAGAUACGUUCUCAAAUUAUCAUAAAACAUGUUACUAUAUUACGUUUGUGAUAUUUAAACACAUGAAUAAAAUGAAAUGUGUGUAUAUGAUUUUAAUUUCAAAUUACUGCAAAUAGACACAUAAUGGGGAAGGUGAUGUCCAUUAUCUACUGUUGUGAAAUAUCUUAUUGUUCACCUGGAAUUAUUAUAGGAUAGUAAGGAAAAUCCUAUGUAGGAUGAAUGAAUGGGUGAGGUAACAGGCAGGAGUCCUGAACAUAAAAUAAUAUUUUAAUAAGUUCAGAAACUGCACCAUCACAAUGAAAUGGGCUUAGGUACUCCUGCAAAGAAGGUGAGCCAUCAAGAAAAAGUUUUCAUCUGGGUUUCAAAUCAAUAUCGAAACAAUUCUGCAUACAUUGUCCUGUGAACUGCUAUCGCAUUUAUUAUUUGAUGAUGGACAUUUACAAAUAACCUGACUGUAUGCUCAUUUCAGAAAAAAUUAGUUUGCCUUUUGCCUGAUGCACUUUGUUUUGAAGUAGAUUUUGAAUCAUUUCGGCGUAAUUCAAUCAGUAAAAGUGUUUUUCAUAUUUUGAAGAGCCAUUAUUAUUAAUCUUGAAGUGAACAGUAGUAGUAUGAGAGAUUUGCUUGUAUGCAAGCAUAUCAGUGUAGUUCGGAGAUGCAAAAUCAUUUUCAAGAAUGCUUUUUUAGUAAUGUAGGGAGUUUGUGCCAUAAGGGGGCUACUACCUUUUGCAGAUGUCACAAGUAUUUUGAUCAAUAUUGUUAGAAAAGUGGUUGUGGAAUAAUUUGACAAUAACACUUUUGAAAAACAAAUAUUAAGUGUGCUGUUUGAGGCUUUCCCAGCCCUGCAUCUGCUUGAUAGGUUCCCGGGAAUUACGCUGGAUAAUAUUGUAGAAACCGCACAAUAUUUCAGCGAGACAACUGCCCGCCAUCUUCUGGUGCUACU